AUGGCGCAAGCAGUAGCCCGCCUUGCCGGCAUUAAUGUCGGCGCUCCGGCGCGGUCUGUUCCCAGUGGUGAUUUUGGCCUCAUUGGUUUGGCCGUCAUGGGCCAGAACCUGAUUCUGAACGCGGCCGACCAUGGCUUCACAGUCGUUGCCUACAACCGUACAGUCGCCAAGGUUGACCGCUUCCUCGAGAACGAGGCCAAGGGCAAGUCGAUCGUCGGUGCUCACUCCAUUGAGGAAUUUGUCUCCAAGCUCAAGAAGCCCCGUCGUAUGAUGCUCCUCGUCAUGGCCGGAAAGCCCGUUGACGACUUCAUUGAGGCCCUCCUGCCAUAUGUCGAGGCUGGCGAUAUCAUCAUCGACGGUGGAAACUCGCACUUCCCCGACUCCAACCGCCGCUCCAAAUACCUCGCUGCUAAGGGCAUUCGCUUUGUCGGCACUGGUGUCUCCGGUGGUGAGGAGGGUGCUCGCUACGGUCCCUCUCUCAUGCCUGGUGGUAACGAGGAGGCCUGGCCAUACAUCAAGGACGUUUUCCAGAGCAUCGCUGCCAAGAGUGACGGUGAACCCUGCUGUGACUGGGUCGGUGACGAAGGUGCUGGCCACUACGUCAAGAUGGUUCACAAUGGUAUUGAAUACGGUGACAUGCAAUUGAUUACCGAGGCCUACGAUAUCUUGAAGCGCGGUCUCGGCCUCACCCCCAACGAGAUUGGUGAGGUCUUCGCCAAGUGGAACACUGGUGUCUUGGACUCGUUCCUAAUUGAGAUCACCCGGGACAUUCUCAAAUACAAUGACGACGACGGAACUGCCCUCGUCGAGAAGAUCCUCGACAAGGCCGGCCAGAAGGGUACUGGCAAGUGGACCGCCAUCAACGCCCUCGAUCUUGGCAUGCCCGUCACCCUGAUCGGUGAGGCUGUCUUCUCUCGAUGCCUCAGCGCCAUCAAGGACGAGCGUAUCCGUGCCAGCGCCGUUCUCCGCGGUCCCACCCCCAAAUUUGAAGGUGACAAGCAGACCUUCAUCGACAACCUUGAACAGGCUUUGUACGCCUCCAAGAUUAUCUCCUAUGCCCAAGGUUUCAUGCUUAUUCAGGACGCUGCCAAAGAAUAUGGCUGGAAAUUGAACAAGCCCUCGAUCGCUCUCAUGUGGCGCGGCGGAUGCAUUAUCCGCUCUGUUUUCUUGAAAGACAUCACCAGCGCAUACCGCAAGAACCCCAACCUUGAGAACCUGCUCUUCGACGACUUUUUCAACAAGGCCAUUCACAAGGCCCAGGACGGCUGGAGAGACAUUGUCAGCAAGGGCGCUCUCUGGGGCAUCCCUACCCCUGCCUUCAGCACCGCACUCAGCUUCUACGAUGGCUACCGCACCAGAGACCUGCCCGCCAACUUGCUGCAAGCGCAGCGUGAUUACUUCGGCGCCCACACCUUCCGCAUCAAGCCCGAGUUUGCCAGCGCCAACUUCCCCGACGGCAAGGACAUCCACGUCAACUGGACCGGCCGUGGCGGCAACGUGUCUGCUUCAACCUAUAUUGCUUAG